AUGACCGGCGGAAGGGUGUACCAGAUCCAUGAUAGGAGGACGCGGAGCAACACAGCGGCAGGUCUGGGUUCCCCCGCGGCCAUGGAGGAAGAGGCGAAGAUGGCAAACCAGCAGCAGCGAAUCGGCCCAUCCCCACGAAAUCCCCCUCUCCCCGCUUCGUCUCUCCCUGCAACUCCAUCAGUGCAGGGGCUUGAUGUCCACCAAUCUUGGGGAAGUCAAGAAAUCCACGAACCAGGCACCUCAAAGAAUAGAACUAAGUGGAAUCACCAGAGGAGGCUAUAUCUUAUUGAACUCUUAAAAACCCAUGAUGUGCCUAGAUUUCGGACACACAAUGCAUGGAGUAAGGAUGCUUGGACUAGUAUUGUGGCUCAGUUCAAUCAGAAAUUUUCUUUGUCAUUCUCUAUUGGACAAGUGAAACAAAAGGAGCAGGAUAUGAAAAAAGAAUUUCGUACCAUAAAAGAUUUGGUGGCAGAAAGUGGUUUUGGCUGGGAUUCCGAUAGAAUGAUGGUGACGGCACCACCAGAUGUUUGGGCAGCAAUGGAGGCACGCAAGAAUAAGGACGCUCUGUUUUGGCGAGACAAGUCAUUUCCGUACUAUGAUGAUCUGUUUGCUUUAUAUGAUGGCGUUAUGUCAGAAGGAAGAAGUUGUCGUGGUAUGGAUCAUUAUGCCAAUAAGGCAAUAUCGCCUUCACAAGUUUCUCCUGAUGUGCACCUGCAGUCACCUUCAGCUAGUAUACCUGCUCCUGGUUCUUUCAGUUUUGAUAUUGAAGAGGACAGGGAUGAUAUUAAUUGGUUUGAAACUCUUCGUCACAGUGCCCGGCCAUCUAGUUCAACUCCGGAGGCAGUUGAUGGUAAGCGUGAUAAAAGGCAAAAGACCAAGCACACUAUUACAACUGAACAUUUUCAUGAGAAGUACUUGAAGUUGAAAAAAGAAGAGAUUGAGCGAUUAUUUGCCAUAGAGGAGAAGAAGCUAGAUGAUCCUUUCAAGUAUCAAGAAAUGCAUCCUUUGUGCUUGAGGGGCUUAGUGAGCUACAAACUGGAGAUAUGCUAA